AUGACGGCUUUGUUACGGAAGUUUGCGCCAACUUAUAAUUUCGAUAUCAAUCAAUUGAAACGAUUCGGCUGUUUAGCCUACAUCAAAGUGCAGAGGAAGACUGGACAAGUUCAGAUACGAAGGGCGAAGGGUAAUACUGGUUGGAAUGAACGAAACGACGACCACCGGGAAAUCUUAAAAGCGGAGGGAGGGAACGUGAAAAGGAGAGAAAGACCAAGGAAGAACAAGAGUGCCUCAAGUACAGGCUCCGCGGAUGAAACGGUCAAUCAGAGUGAUCCCGAGGUCAACAAACUCGAUGAUGAAACGUAUCAUGCACUCUUGGCAGAAAUAGAGAUCCAACUUCUUACAUGGAAGCCAUGUCCACUACAGACAAACUUAAAUGUGUGUCUACUGAUAGCUGUAAUCAACAAGCAUGAUCUUGUUGUCUGUCAACUGGAUGUUAAAACCGCCUUCUUAAACGGCACCAUAAGUGAAGAAAUUUACAUGGAAAUUCCGGAGGGAGCCCAGUAUUCAAUGGAAUUCAGGAAAACGAAGGUCUGCAGAAUUGAACGAGUCCUCUACGGAUUACGAAUUAGCCCUAAAAGAUGGAACGAGCAAUUUACGGAGGCUGUUAAAGGUACUGGCUUAAAAGCGGACGACAAUGAACCUUGCCUUUUCGUGUGGAGAGAAUGUUUGGAAUUUUUUAUACUCUUGCUUUACGUGGAUGACAUGCUGAUGGCCGGUAAUUGUAAGAGAAAAUUGUUUGAAGUCAAAGAAAAAUUAAUGAACGACUUUGAAAUGAUCGAUCUGGGGGAGCCAAAGACAUUCCUGGGCAUUAAUAUUAGUCGGAAUAGAGAUAAAAAAAUGAUGACCCUGAGUCAAGAAGCAUAUAUGGAGAAAAUGGUGAAACGUUUCGGGCUUGAAGAAAUGCACCCUCAACGAAUCCCCGACAACUUAGGUAGCCAACCGAGAACAUACUUAAAGGGGACCAAGAAUCAAGGUCUGAACUUUUUGGCCAAAAAGGAUGACUUAGAAGUUUGGUCGCAUACAAGCUUCGCAGAUUGUAAAGGCAGUCUGACAACGUGCGGCUUUGUUGUGAAGCUUUAUGGCGACUCAGUUGCUUGGAGGACACAUAAGCAACCUUAUGUAGCGCUAUCUACCUGUCAGGCAGAGUACGUAGCGAUGAGUGAAGCCUGUCAGGAGAUAAUGGCCUUGCAUAACUCAUUGAAACAAAUGAUGAACAGAUCCUUUACCUCGAUGCGGCUUUGGUGUGACAAUAAGGCAGCCGAAGCUAGUGCCAAAACAGGGAGUGGAACUAAGCUGACAAGGAGAAUCCAAAUAACCUAA